GGCAGCACUGUGAAAAAAAAGUUUAACGGGAUUGGUUCAUAUCCCUUUGGAAAAAAAUAGGAUAAAAAAGGACAAAUUUGUUCGUAACAAUUUGUUUUCGCUAAAUUCAUAGUAAUAAAGGUUAGUAUUUAAAAAUGAGCUCAAGAGCUGAAGCAGGCCAAUCAGCUUUACAACAAAAACAACUCGGUGAAGAAGAUAAUCAGAACAGACCUCGUGAAUCAGUGUUAGAAAACAAUGGCUAUUUGCUGCAAGAAACGGUCGGAACAGGGGCCUUCUCCAAUGUGAAGAGAGCAUACUCCAAAACUGCGAACCAGACGGUGGCAAUAAAAAUUAUAUCGAAACAAAAAGCCACAAAAGAUGUUCUCAAUAAGUUUCUACCAAGAGAAAUCGAUCUUGUGCGAGGACUGAGACAUACGAAUUUGAUACGCUUUUUUGAGUGUAUCGAAACCACAAUGAGAUUUUAUAUUGUGAUGGAGUAUGCUGAAAACGGUUCUCUACUGCAGCUUAUCCGAAAGGAAAAGUCACUUUCAGAGGAACGAGCCAAAUCAUAUUUCAAACAACUCAUCGAUGCCGUAGAGUAUAUCCAUAGCGUGGGAGUUGUUCACCGAGAUAUAAAAUGCGAGAAUAUAGUGUUUGAUCAACGUUUCACUCUAAAAUUAAUCGAUUUCGGAUUUGCGAGAGGAAAUAUGAAACCGCUAGUUUCUGGCGAAAAAAUGAAACCAAUUCUGUCGAAAACAUUUUGCGGAAGUCAUGCAUAUGCCAGUCCUGAAAUUUUAAAAUCAAUCCCUUAUCAACCUCAGCUCUCGGAUAUAUGGGCGGUUGGAGUUGUGCUCUAUACGAUGGUUUUCGGCCGACUGCCCUUCGCGAACGAAAACAAUGUUUCGUUGCUUAUUAAGCAAGUAUCAGCCGGUCCAAAAUUUCCCAAAGAUCGCGGUGCCAGCGAUAACUGCAAGGAUUUAAUUCUGAAAAUUCUACGUCCAGUGAAUUUAAGAAUCUCUGUUGAAGAAAUGCGUAAUCAUGCUUGGUUGAAUGAGCCACAUUCCAACUGUGAUGAUUCUGAAUUCGAGAAAAAAAUGAAACUGGAUCCCACCCUGGAGGAAAAUCCCGACGAGCACAUAAGAAAACUUAUCCACUGCAAAUUUUGCAAAGAGAAUAAGGAUCUUCAGUGUACAACGGUUCAAAAAUUGUACAAUAGGAAGAAGGCUGGUCCUAAAAAAUUUUAAUAGUUUUAUAUUCGACGUAUUUGAAAAUUGUUUGUUACUUUUAUGAAAUAUGAAAAUUAUUUCGAUUUCACCCAAACAUACAUUUCGACUACAAAUAUAAAUAUAACGUUUUAACAUAA